UACUGCAGUGAUGGACGAAUGUGUUCCUUUGUCGAAGAAGUGAAGACAAAUCAAAGCAGUUACAGUUUCGGCAGCGUUGGUUUCGCAUCGCAUAGUAAAUUUUUCCAUCGCAAGAAAAUCGGGGUCAAGUACUCUUCAGUUUAUUCGAAGGAUCAUUCAAUGUUUCGCAUAGUUGCCAGUCGGAAUCUUCUUACGAGUUUGGUGAAUCUAGUUGAUUAAAACCAGACCCUCAAGUUCCGUGCAUGUUGCGCCUCGUUGGUGCUGGCAAGUAGACGAUGGUCCGUCCAAACAACGCCACAGCAGCAUCCGCUCGGUACCGUGGACAACAAUGGGUUCUUCUGUUUUCGACCGCCUAUGCGGUGGGGUUUUUGGUGGUAACGUCCUUUGCCAGCGCUAGCACGGCUUCGGCAGUCUCUACGGCAGCUGCACUGAAGAGCGGAGGAAGUAAAGAUGCGUUCGGCUGGGACGAUGCUGGAGACGAGGAGGAAGGUUACUGUGCCCCGUACAAUGGGAAAGUUUGCAAGCGUUUCAUCAACAGCCGCCAGGUGUGGUACAGCCGUGAGGACGGAACCGGUGGAUGGGAGAACGAAAAGAUUACCACGGCUCUCUUUGAUGAUCUGAUAAACGAUUUGCCGCAGUACUGUCGUCCAGCAGCAGAGAAACUACUUUGCGCCUACGCCUUCCCGCAGUGUGUUAUAAAGGAUGGAAACACCAUCCGGUUGCCUUUAUGCUACGAAGAUUGCGUUGCCACGUAUCUUCAGUUUUGCUACAAUGACUGGGCCCUUAUAGAGGAGAAGAAAGAGCGCGGCGAUGUCAUCAAGUCUAGAGGACAUUUUAGGCUGCCCAAUUGUGAGGUGCUGCCACGAUAUAAUAGAACGGCGAAGCCUCCGGUAUGCUCCCACGUUGGCUUGACCGAUCUCGUCUCGGAGGAAGUAACAGUGGAUUGUCGAAUGGGUAAUGGGAGGUUUUACCUUGGAACGAUGAACGUUACCAACACGGGCAUACCGUGCCAGAAAUGGGACUCCCAGGAACCACACUCGCAUCACAAACCACCGUUGGUGUUCGCUGAGCUACAAGAUGCGGAAAACUACUGCCGGAAUGCGGGUGGCGAAGAACCGACACCGUGGUGCUACACGACUGAUAAGACCGUCCGUUGGCAGGCUUGUGAUAUUCCUCUUUGCCCCAACUCCACCGAUGCCAGCGAUAUUCGUAAGAUAGACAUGACGAUGGAAUCGGUGUUCACUCCCUCGAUGAUCUUUCUACUGUCGGGCAUCGGCUUCGUGGCGAUCGUACUGCUUCACUUGAUGGUACUGCUCUGCUACCGCGUUUCCCGGCACCGCCGUAACCGCCGGCAGUCCGGUGCAACCGGUUACAACGCCACCGCCACACAGGACGGUCAAGGAAUUGACAUAAACAAGCUCCCGUCAAAUGUGAACUACCAUCGUACCGGUGCGCAACUUAAUCCGAAGCUGGAGAAGCUGGAAUUUCCACGGAACAACAUUAUCUACAUCAAAGACCUUGGUCAGGGUGCCUUCGGGCGCGUGUUCCAGGCGAAGGCUCCGGGACUGGUAGGGGGCGAAGAUUUUACGCUGGUCGCCGUGAAGAUGCUCAAGGAUGAAGCUAGUCAAGACCUGCAGGUGGAUUUUGAACGAGAGGCUUGCCUGCUGGCGGAAUUCGAUCACCCGAACAUAGUGAAGCUGCUCGGUGUUUGUGCGAUUGGGCGUCCGAUGUGCCUGCUGUUUGAGUUUAUGGCCCGUGGUGACUUGAACGAGUUUCUGCGUCAGUGUUCCCCGUUUGCCCAGCAAAAUCGGGCCGAUAGUAUCAGCACCGAACUGUCGCACGGGGAUCUGCUCAACAUCGCGCACCAAAUCGCGUCCGGAAUGGUGUAUCUGUCGGAGCGCAAGUUCGUCCACCGCGAUCUAGCCACGCGCAACUGCCUGAUCGACGACCAUAUGGUAGUCAAGAUCGCCGACUUUGGCCUGUCGCACAAGAUCUACCUGCAGGACUACUACAAGGGCGACGAGAACGAUGCCAUUCCGAUCCGUUGGAUGCCGUUGGAGAGCAUACUGUACAACAAGUACACGAUCGAGUCGGACGUCUGGGCGUACGGUGUGUGUCUGUGGGAGAUAUUUUCCUUCGCCAUGCAACCAUACUACGGUAUGACGCACGAGGAGGUGGUUAAGUUCGUCAAGGAGGGCAACAUGCUCGGCUGCCCGGAAAAUACCCCGCUCACAGUGUACGAGCUGAUGCGCAAGUGCUGGAGCCGCAAGCCGAACGACCGUCCCAGCUUUCACGUGAUCUACCAGAAGUUGCAGCAGAUACGGGCCGACUUUGACGGAAAAAUGCUAAUGUAGCCGCAGAGCAUCGAGCGGAAUCUCAGGUAAUCUCAGUUGCCACGAAGCAACAUUUUUUGACCAUAUAAAAGACCGAUUUUACCAGCAGAAACGCAACAGAGCGUUGUGAAUUCGGUAGAAUUAACUUGUGACGUUAGUCGGUUAAUUAGGGCUGUAGGAACCUAAGAAUAGCUGAACCUCUUAUAUUUCUAGACAUAAACCAUUGUGGUUACAGAGCCGUAUUGAAAUCUGGUUCCAUUACUAAAAUUAGUCAAAGCGUUCAGAACGAAAGCAAAUUCGUUUCCUUUUCUUUGACCAGAUAAAUUGCAUUACCAUUGCAUUGCCAUAGUCCGUCACUCAUAAUUCACUAACAAUUUUUGGUUUAGCGUUUUCAGUUUCAUUAAUCAUACCACUACCACCACUGCCAGUAGUGUAGUCUAUAAUUUAUUUAUGUCUUCUCGUUGAAAUAUUUAGUUUUUAUUUAACUUGCACUGGACAAAAAUACUCUUUCAAGACUUUUAUAUGUAUUAGAACACCAACUACCAAUAGAAAUUCCAGUAUUUUAGGAAAUAUUUAUUUUAUUUUUAUUUUGUUUUUGUACUCCGUCAAAGUAAAAAUUCUCAAAGACUGUAGCAUUUCUACAACUUUUUUUUUUUGAAUGGUCACGUUAACACUAACCCUAAUUGGUUUUUAAAUAUAAACGACUGGAUAUUUACAUUUCGUUACUGACAAAACAGUUACAUUCUGUGGUGCAACAGUAGGAACAUGGUGCAUAUCGGUAAUGGUACGAUUUAAGUUAAGAGUGGCAGAGUUUACCAGCUAAGUAAAACCCAUCAUUCUCUUUGUGUGAACUUUUCAAAUAGACUUGCCGAGGUGACAGAAACGUAUGCUUUGUUUUGCAUUAUUAUUGUAAAUUGCGGAAAUAGUCUUAAGAAACAAAAAAAAAACAAACAGUGAACAUACUAAAGACUUUGUGUAUCGAGCGUAGCAUUCAUUAAAUUUUGAAUAAGGUUGAGUGGAUGCAUGCACGUGCUGGGAUAAAAGAAGAUUUCGCAAUGGAAAGGAAAUUGACAAAAAACAAUUAUGCUGAUCCGUAGAGCAAAUGGUACAAUAAUAUAUCAGUUUGAAAUCGAUCAGUCACUUCAGCGAAACAAUAAUGAAUAAUUUGUUUCCAUAAUAAUUAAAAACAUUCAUAGAUAUACACAUUAAUUAUGCGGCUGGUUUGUAGAUGCGGCAGUUUCACACAAUAACAUUGUACGGAGUGGAAUUGAUUUGUUCCCAUGAAACAAUUGAA